AUGCAUGUCAGCCUUGAAUCACUGAACCCACUGCCUCUAACUCCAGCAAUGGGUCAGCCUGUGCCUAACGUUGAACAUGCUGUCUCAGUACAACUACCUACCUGGGAUGACAUUAAGGAGAUGUUCACUGGCGCACCCAGAGUGAAGAAUGCUCAACUUACCGGAUAUCCACGCUCUUUCAUCCAUCAAGAUGUCAAACAGUUCAAUAGAGUAUGCAUCGAGAAGUUCUCCAACGAUACCAGCUCGUGCUUCUUCUUUCCAUCCCUUGACUAUGCGCGGGCGUGUCGUGACUUUGCGACGUCUACGAAAAUCCACGGAGACAGCGCGUUACCGGAGGAUAUCCUGUCCAUCCGCUCCGUGGAAGUCAGUUUAGCGCCAUCGCUGGGUGGAGAGAACAUCACUUUCAACACUCUACAUGGUGUCUUUUGUCCAAAGGAUCGUGAACUGCUCCUUCAUACCUUCUGGCGCUUGGUCGGUGUUGGGAUUUCCUCUCGUUUGGCUCAGAACAUUAUGUCCCGAAUGCAAAGCAUCAAAGACGUGACCGGUGACUCAUGCAAGGAGCAUCCAACCGUGCGCGGUCGAUGGUCGGAACUCCCUCAUCGCAAGCUAUGUCAGCGCAUUGCCAAUCUACUUGAGAGAGCUCCACGGUGUACCACCAGGGGCGAAGUUGUCGCUCGCGAUGAUGUUUACCUCUAUUCCACUGGAAUGGCAGCCAUUUACCAUGCGCAAGAGCUCUUGCUCAGACAGAUUGGAGGUCCUUCCGUCGUCUUCGGCUUUCCGUACGAGCUCACUCUGAAACUCGUUGAGACUUUCGGACCCGGGGCCAAAUUCUUCCCUUUCGUCGAGGAAGCCGAUCUACAGCAGCUAGAGGACCACUUGGCUCAGCAAUCUGCAGCUGGAACUCCGGUGCAGGCUAUUUGGUGCGAAUGUCCUUCCAAUCCUCUGCUGCGGACAGCCAACCUACAGCGCGUCCGCGCCAUCGCGGACAAGUUCAAGGCUGCUGUCGUGGUGGAUGAGACCGUUGGUGGGUUUGCGAACGUCGAUCUGCUAGGCGUUGCCGAUAUGCUCGUCACGUCCUUGACCAAAAGCUUCAGUGGCUCUGCGGAUGUCAUGGCGGGGAGUAUCGUUUUGAACUCUUCCUCGCCUUUCUACUCGGAAUGGAAGAAUGACCUUGAACUGAACUACCGAAACUGCCUCUACAGCGGUGAUGCACAGCAACUUGAAGAAAACAGCCGUGAUCUGUUAAUGCGCACCAAAUACAUCAAUAACACCGCCGCCUACCUGGCCGAGGCUCUGCAUCCUUUGUGUGAGGAUCCAAAUAGUCCCGUUACCCACGUGUAUCACCCCAAGCUAGACCAGCAACCCGAGAAUUACCGCGCUCAACUACGCCAGCCGACCGAAGAGUUCAUUCCCGGCUAUGGCGGACUAUUCACCAUUCAAUUUGGGAAUGUUGAGCAAGCAAGCGUCUUUUUUAACGCUUUGAAUGUCCACAAAGGUCCAUCCCUUGGCGCUCCUGUUACAUUGGCCCAGCCAUACGUUCAAACAGUUUUCCACAAGCAGAAGGCCUGGGCUGGUGAGUGCGGUCUUCACGAAUCGAUUAUCCGGGUAUCGGUUGGAUUGGAAGACAAACAUGCCCUUUUAGCAGCUUUCCGGAAUGCGCUGGCUGAGGUGACUCCUAUCAAGGCUUCCCGCACUGGCACCUCUCUUGAAGCUGGCGGAAUGGCGGAUGAGGCCGCAAACAUUCCACUGUCCACACCUGCGAACGACAUGGCAAACAAUGAUAUCGAGUAG